GAUUUUAGUUUCUCAAAUAAAAUUAUUUAGUUACUUCUAAAUUCCUGUACAGCAUUACCAAAACUGAAAAAUGUCGAAUGGGAACAGGCAAAAUUUCACCAAGAUCUGGGAUCUUGGAAAGUGGGACUCGCGGGACAUAAAGCACUACGGCUCAAUAUCGCGAAUCCAAAAGCAACUACGUCUCGGAAACUGGGAGUAUCUCUGUCAGCAUCCAGAGAUACGAGCCAUAAUUCGUGUUAUCCUCCACCAGGCACUCAAUGCUAAACCGAAGCCGGAAAAUCUCCGAAAAUUUUUGGCUGAGUUGUUUAACUGCGGACAGAACCCAUUGCUAGUGCCUAUGAUUAACACCCAGCUGAAGUACGUUAAUGAUCAACUGAAACGGGGCCGCUGGAGUAAGUUCGACGCUGAGAUGCUCUUCAUGGAGAGUGCGUCGACGCACUCGCUCCUCUCGACGGCCUCCGAGGAGAGCAAUGUCCAUCCGGUCCUCACCUAUGCGCUGGUCUUCAAGAAACCCGAUGAGUGUGGCAUCGACAAGCCGCCGUUCUAGAUGUUCUAAAUGUAUAAUAUUUAUUGAAAUCAAAGCCCUACUAUAUGGGCUUAUUAUUAAUAUUA